AUGGAUGAAGAAUAGAACUUUCCUGACUAUUCUUACAGAGAAAAACCAGGAUGGGUAAGAAGACAGUAAAGUUUAGUAACAUUCUUGGGGGAGGAAAAAAAUCCUUAUUGCAGUUAGAAUGAUGUAGCUCGACGAAAGAAAGACUCUACAAACCCCUACCAGGUGCUUAAUUUAUCAGAAUUAAGGCCAAUCGCUGAGUAAUUCUCAUUAAAGCAAGAAAUCAACAAAAAGUAAAAUUAGUCCAUAAGUGGUAGAAUAAAAGACGAGGAUUAUACUGAUAGAUCUAGCAUUAAGAAAAAGUACUUACCUUCGAUUAUAAAUCGAGGAAAAUCCUUACAGAAAUUCGGAACUAUAAUUAAUAGAACUGAAGCAGUUUAGGUAGAUGAAAAUAAAGAAUUCGAUAGUCACAUUGAUAAGGUUAUCAAAGUUGGGGGUACUAUCAACCAAUUCUUAGAUAUAAGGAUGAUCUUAGAUAGCAUUCAAAAGGAGGAGCAGAAACUUAAGGUCCUUCGAAAAAGAACAAAGAACAAUAAUAAAAAGAUAAUGAGAGAAGAAUACAAAAAUUAGAUAAGCGAGGAUGCUAUGAAGUAUUUUGGUUGGACGAAUAAAAAUGCUGAAAUGACUAUAGUAAGGCCUAAACCUAGACUGAUAUAACUUUUGCCUCAUACUAGAAGAGAUGUGAAUCUGACUUAGCUUCACUAGGACUUUACUUCACCAAUGUAGCCAUAAACAUUUAGGACACUAUCUGAAUAGAGAUUAGUACAUAAUUCACACCAUAUACUUAACCAAAAUGAAUCAAAAGAUUCACUCUCUUUUUAUUCUCCAAGAUCGAUAAAAGCUGAUGAAUCAAUCCUUAAAACAGUGUUCAUAGAUCAAAAGUUUAUGAAGUUUUAUGAAACUAAGUAUAGGUUGAAACAGUAAAAUUUAGCUCCAUUUAAUGACAGUCAUACUAAAAUGGGUGCAUGA